AUGAGGCACAAGACGCAGACCAUCAAGGUGGCCACGAGUCCCGCGACAUCAAUGUCUUUUCCAUCACUUCACCCACAGGUCGUCGAGGCCGUCGGAGACACAUGUCCAAUCUGGACCAGCAAGCAACACGGCAGGGACGUCAUGGAAUAUUGUACACACGUGUCGGGCCAUUUCCGCUGCGGGAACCAGAGAUGCAGUCACGUCUGGAGCAGCGGCCUCGUGGCGAUACGGAUCAGGGCCUUCAAUCGCGAGCGCUACAACGCAACCGUCUACAGUCAGCGCUGCAAAGCCUGCAACCGGCUAGGGUUCUUGAGCCUGGAUGAGGACUCGUACGUCGAGAGGGUCGCGUACCGGCUCAAGAAGUGGGCAGGAGUCUCGGUCGAGGUUCCACGCCACGAAGUGAAGAGUACUCCCCCGCACAUGUCGAGUCUAUGCGAGGGGUGCAGGCAGGGCUGUUGUAGAGAGGGCGGUCGAGAUGACUUGACCAGAGGACUGCAGAGGUUGAGUCUACGCUGA